AUGGCACGUUCAAGAGAUGAAUUUAACGUUUGGGACUGGCUGCUGUUUGCUGCAAUGUUGUCAGUUUCAGCAGCCAUUGGAAUAUACUAUGCUAUACGAGGAGCGAAACAAAAUUCAACAAAAGAAUUCUUGAUGGGAGGAAGACAGAUGCUGUUGAUACCAGUCGCUAUAUCUAUACUGGUUUCUUUCAUGUCCGCUAUUCUUAUCCUUGGAACACCAGCAGAAAUGUACACACAGGGAACCCAGUAUUUUGUUUACCUGUUCGGAAUGAUUUUGGCUGUUAUUCUGGCCUCUCAACUGUUCGUACCUCUGCUUUAUCCUCUAAACCUCACAAGUUCAUUUGAGUACCUCGAAAAACGUUUCGAUUCGAAAGCGGCUAAGUUGACGGGAACAAUUAUGAUGAUCUUGCAACAGGUCAUCUAUAUGGGAAUCGCAUCGUUUGCUCCAUCCACAGCAUUGGAAGCUGUAACAGGAUUUCCAACUUGGGCAACCAUUGUUACAGUUGGUCUUGUAUCUACAUUGUACACUUUUUUGGGUGGAAUGAAAGCUGUUGUAUGGACAGAUGUAUUCCAGUCAUUAGUUAUGAUAGCCGGAUUACUAGCCAUUGUAAUUCAGGGUGUGAUAGAAGUCGGAAGCAUGAGUGACGUGUGGGCAAUCAACGACAAGUGGGGGCGUAUCGAUUUCUUUGACUUUAAUCCUGAUCCCACUCAGCGCCAUUCCUUCUGGUCAUUAAUUGUUGGUGGUAUGGUAGGUUGGACAGCGACAUAUGGUGUGAAUCAGGCCAGUGUCCAGAGAUACUGUUCAGUACCAACACUUAGAAAAGCUAAGCUCGCUGUGUUGUUAAACAUCCUUGGUGUUGUUAUACUAUUGGUUAUAACGUGUUUAGCAGGAAUAGUUGUAUUUGCAUAUUAUAAUGGAGUGAUUGGUUGUGAUCCAUUAGCCAACGGAGACGUAGGCAACGAAAAUCAGAUCAUACCACUUUUUGUCAUGAAAACAUUGGCAUAUCCAGGGUUACCCGGCCUAUUUGUUUCAUGUUUGUUCAGUGGAGCACUUAGUACCAUGUCCUCGUGUUUAAACAGUUUAGCUGCAGUCACUUGGGAAGAUAUUUUAAAACCAUUUUGGGGAAAUAUCUCAGAAGAUAAGAAAAUUUGGGUGACAAGAAUAUUAGUGGUGUUUUAUGGAGGAUGUGGUAUUGGUAUGGCUUUCAUGGCAAUGAAUCUGGGAGGAACUGUAUUACAGGCUUCACUGAGUUUUACCGGAGCUGCCUCUGGUCCUUUAUUAGGAAUAUUUGUUCUAGGAGCCUUCUUUCCAUGGGCCAACUGGAUCGGAGCAGUUAUUGGGAGUAUUUUAGGUUUUGUUCUCCCAAUGUGGAUCAGUAUAGGUGCCUACAGCGUUGGCGGAAAAACGAAUCUCCCGACAAACACGUCACUGUGUUAUAUUUACAACCAAAUAGACAACAGCACGAGCUCAUACGUCACUUCCACCGAAAUGACUACUACCGUGAUGUCAGAUGAAUCGUCAGGCAUAUCAGAUUUAUACAAAGUAUCAUAUUUAUGGUAUCCGUCGAUAGGAGCUGCCACUGUUGUUGUCGUAGGGAUGAUAGUCAGCGCAGUCACGGGUUUCACAAGAAAAUCCGACGUUGAUCCAAAAUAUCUGAUUCCAUUGUUUGACAGAAUUUUCUGCUGCCUGCCAUCUUCUUUCCGUCAUUGGUUAAGGUGUUAUAUAGACUUUCCGGAUCCAGAGGAUAUAAAAGAAGAAGAAAAGAAAGAAGAAUUUACUGUUGACAAGGAAGGCAACCUAUACAAGGAAGAACAACCAUCGAUUAUUGGAUCGAUGAAAAACGGCGAUAUCAUCGACUACAAUAUCGGACGAUAUUCUAAACUGAAUAAACCUUUUGAUAAUGGAGCACCGCCAUCUUAUGGAACAUUGGAACAUAACAAUUUGGCCUCUACAGAUGAAUCUCAUACAAGAAUAUGAACACCGGUAGAACAUAUUACUGUAACUAUAAGAGCCAGAAAAUAAAUUAGAAAACAAUAUAAGUGAAUAUCUUUAUAAUCUUUUUAAAUUAUUAAAAUGGUGUAUUCGAACUAUGGUAGGCAAACUGGUUUCUUUAUACAAUAUGAUUUAUGUAGUAUGUAAUUAGUUCAGAUUGGGAAGUUUUCUGCUAGUCAUGUACGCGUGUACGCUUAAUCAUGGCUAUUGUUUUAUGGGUGAAUAGAUAAUCAGAUAGUCCGAGGUUGAAUGUUGAAAAGACACGAUAAACUUCGUUGUCCAAAUGAUUUGUGUAAACACAUAAUUUCUCUUUAAACAAGAAAGGUAGUAAUUAUAGA